ACAGUUGAAGCCUUGAAUCGUAGUUUUCAAUACAAACAGCUCAUGCAGGAACUGGCUGUCAUUACAUAGCACUAACUGGAGUUGCUACUAGUUUCAUCUGUGACAUGUGAUAACAAUUUCUUAGGCCAACAAAUCUUCUGUAUGUUCUCCAAGGGAGCGAGGGGAAGUUCGAUGAUGGUAUAGGAUGUAAUCUGUGGCGUAUAGUGAGGAAAGACAGGAAGUGAAUGAAUUAGAUACCUUUUGUAAUUACUGCUAAAGCUUUACAAGACACAUGUCAAUGACACACAUUUAUCAACAGUAGAAAUGAGUAUAAUAUUCGGAAAAUUCUUCCCAAAGACGCGCCCAUCUGCUGAUAGUGUUUCUGAAAUUGGUUUACCAACAAAUGUUCACCAUGAAUUUCAUGUGAGCUGGAAUGAAGAAACAGGUCAAUUGGAAGGUCUUCCAACACCAUGGUUAAAGUUACUGAAUACUCAAAUAACAAAGAAAGAACAAAAUGAAAAUCCAGGAGCUGCAAUCCAAGCCAUAAAAUACUAUAAUUAUUCAAUUAAGAAGAAGCCCAAUGAGACAUUCAAACCACUUGUCACAGAAGAGGCAAUAAAAGAAGAAUCGGAAGAAAUUGAAAAUAUUUUAGGGCAUAAUAAAGAUGAGAAAUCUGUAUGUCAGAAUAAAGAAGCAUCUCCUAAGGCAGGACAAGUGAAUCCACCACAGACCAUUACAGAGAAGAAGAAGCCUCCGGUACCACCUAAGAAACCACCACGACUUACAUUAAAGGAUAAGAAUGAAGAAAGUAAACAUUUACAUGAGGCUCUUGAUGAGGCUUUGAAGGACUUGACAUUAGCACAGGAUAAAAUACAUAUUGAAACUGGAGAUUUAUCACAUCAUAUGGAAAGUGACAGUCCAAUACUAAGAAAGAAAGAAACUGUUAUGCAGAAAAUGACUGAUGAAGAAGUAUUUGCUGAAUUAAGAAGAAUAUGUCAUCCAGGUGAUCCUUCUAAAAGGUUUGAAAGAAGCAAAGAACUGGGUGCAGGAGCUUCUGGAACUGUGUUCAUAGCUACCGACACCAUCACCAAUCACCGUGUGGCCGUCAAGGACAUUGAUCUCUCAAAACAGCCACGGAAAGAACUGAUACUAAUGGAAAUAAGAGUGAUGAAGGAAUUUAAUCACGAAAACCUUGUUAAUUUCCUUGAUGCAUACUUGAUUCAUGAUCAUCUCUGGGUCAUAAUGGAACUGCUCGAUGGUGGGCCACUGACUGAUGUAGUAACUGAGACUGUCAUGAAGGAGGGACAGAUUGCUGCUGUGUGCAAAGAGGUUUUAAAGGCUGUCAGUUUCCUUCAUGUAAAAGGUAUAAUUCAUCGAGACAUCAAAUCUGAUAAUGUCCUGCUUGGUAUGGAUGGCAGUGUGAAAGUUACUGACUUUGGCUUUUGUGCCAAUAUUGUAGGAGAUGAGAAAAGGCAGACGAUGGUCGGAACUCCAUACUGGAUGGCACCGGAGGUUGUAACACGAAAGCAAUAUGGCAAGAAAGUGGAUAUUUGGUCACUGGGAAUUAUGGCAAUAGAAAUGAUUGAAGGUGAACCUCCAUAUCUGAAGGAAACACCCCUGCGAGCCUUGUACCUCAUUGCAGCCAUUGGAAGACCAAAAAUACCACGGUGGAAGUCCCUCUCUCCUGAAUUUCAAAAUUUUCUGGAUCGUUGUCUACAAGUGGAUGUGGACAAGAGGGCUACAGCAGAGGAACUUUUGAAUCAUCCUUUUUUAGAAAACUGUAUGGAUCUUGGUUCAUUGACACCACUGAUUAGGGCUGCUCAAAAGAUUCUUAGAAAGGCUUUGUAACAUGUUAAAAGUAUUACAUCAGAACACAGGUGCCGGGGAGUAAUUGGCAGCUGUCACUCCCCCAUCCUCUGAAUGGAAGAAGUCUGUGCAUAUGAACAAUUUCAAAAAGGGUGUUACGGUUAGCUGAACAUCUUAAGAUUGCAGGAUAAAAUAAACUUCAAUAUAAAGUAUGACAAAAUUCAGUCAACUUAGACUCAAGUUUUAUGGACACCUAAACGUAUUGUCCUCUAAUCUGUCAUCACAACUUACAAACCUUCUGCAUACAAGACCUGAAAUUCAGUAAGUAUAUGGUCGUCAAAUAUGCCACUGUGUGGCCAGAUGUGUUCAGUUUUAAAAACUUAGAACAAUUUAGAAUGAGUUAUAUAUAUACAUAUGUUACGAAUAUUAUUAUUUUUACAGAAUUACAAUUUACGUAGUUCCAUGAAUUGCCCACAAUUUACCAACAGAAAACAAUGUUCUGUAACUGAAAAACACUGGCAUAGCAGUGAUUCCCAAACAGUGCCCCAUAUAAUUUGCUGUUACUUUAAAUGUUCCCAAGGGCUUCACAGAUAAAUUCCUCUGGUGUGUGUCAACCUUUUCUAAAAAGCAGUUUUAUAUUAUAAUUGAUAAUCCAAAACCUGAUUUUGUCCCCAAGUAAAAACAGAGAUCACCACGACCAUAAAUGUACAAAAAGAAAAGAAGAAACAUUUCCUUCUGUUAAUACAAAGAAUGCUAAAAUAUCUAUGCACAGUUGCUGGAUUAUGUAAGGAGAGACAUUAUGUGAUAAUAGAUUUUGGGAAACACUGCUAUACAGUUUUAGUUGAUAAAUAAACAUUGUGUGGCAGUGCAAUUAGAAGUUCUUAAUUUGUUUUUUGUCCGCCUCUCCAUCCGUCCGGAUAUCGUAAAAAUAUAGUUUACCUCAGUGUGAAUGGUACGCCACAAUCAAGUACUUGUUUUAUGCAGUCAGUCCAAAAUUAAAUAACAGCAAAUAUGAUGCUAAUUUAUACAUAUGGAGUAUUAAAGAAAUAGGUGCAGUGGGAUCACAAUACUCGAUCCUAAAUUUCUAGAUGACCAACAUUGAAUUUAAUUAAGGGACUGUAAUUUUAAAUCCAUUCAGGACUCAAGAAAUCCCAGCCUCAACCCUGGACUUCUGAUUUCAAACAGGCUGUCUAAAAGUUUGUUUCAAGAAUGUUUGACCUAGAUUUUGUAUAUUAAAUCAACCAACCACAUGAGGUACACAGCCUAAAGAUGUUACAUAAUCAAAAUGAAGUAAAUUUUUGCCAUACUUUUUAUUAGUAGAAUAGGAAAUGGAUGGCUGGUGCUUAUUAUGGAAGUUUGUAAAGUUAUUUUCUUAUCCUUAGUGUAGUCUUAGAUUUUUGCUCAGAUCAGUGGAGUAAUACUGCUGACAUUUUUACAGACCAAAGACAAGAAAGUAAAAGUUGAUAACAAAAACUAACAGAGUUUAGUAAUUGUGCUGCCACUGAUAAUAAAUUCAAUUGAAGUGCUUCCUGAUCUCAUUUACAGUAAGCAUUAAUGAGUAAUAUACCACACCUAUGUUUUAGUAAAAAGUUUUAUCCAGUGUCAUGUGCAAUGUUCUUGGGAAAACUUCAGUUGUAGGCUAGAGCCAUUCUUCUGUGUGAACAUUAACUUGCAAGAAUAACUCUGCAUAUUUGCAUCCACAGACAAUGAACUACACUGCCAAAAGUAUU